UAUACCCAGUUUUCGCGCACGAGGAUCCGUCUUCUCAAAACAGGAGGUUACCUCGGCUUUGCUGAUUUGGGUUUUACACUUUACAGCGCUCAUUGCUGGUUGGAGUGUCAGUAUUCUUUGAAUUCCGGCGAACGACAACGAACGUAACUAGGGCCAUCACUCCCAUGUGUAGUUUCCAGUGGGAAUCAUUAAAACAAGCUACCUGACACAAUCACCAGAUUUAGCGAAUACAUGAUGAAACGAAUGAUGCCAUGGAGUGACGAUGAUGAUGAUUCUUCAAGUCCUGAUUCAGAUGCUUCCGAUAAAGAUGAAAAUCCAAAAAAGAACAAAAAGAUCGUUUCUGGUGGUGGAUCUGGAUCAACGAAAUCUAGAGUUGAAUCUGUAAAGCGGAAGAGCAAAGGGAUAGACUUUGAAGCGCUGAGUCAGCACGGGUAUAGGGGCGGGUUGUCGGUCCUAAAAGUCCCUCCACCAAAAGAAAGCGACAAGGACCGUGAUUGGUCGUGGUCAACCGGGCAGGGGCAGGACAGGCGGGCAGCAAAUGAGACGGAAGAGAGCUACCAAGAUAGACAGAAGACGAGAGCCAUGUUGCUUGAAGGAGAACAGUUGGUGCAUGCACGAACGCAGAAAGAGAAAAACUUGUUAAGCUUCUCACAGAAGGAAAAGAGGAAAAGGGAUAUGGGGCAGGCUAGUAGGGGUAAAAGCUAUGUCGAAGAAGAGAAGAGAUUGUUGAGAGAAAAUGGGAUUUACUCUGGCUUUGAUGCUUGACACUUUAUGAUAUGCCAUUUGUCCUUGUACUCUUUCAACUUAUGGGGAAAAAAACAAGUAUUGCCUUUGAA